CACGAGAUACCGUUAUAUGUCAAUAUCCUGUAUAUCAAAUCGUUUUACACCGAGCCUGAUCAUGUGGUACAGGACACAGUACUUCCUGUACCGUAUCCCACGAUACCGUAUCAUGUCUUAUCGCAUCAUAUUGCUUGAGAUGCAUGUGGAAAACAUCAGAGUACGGUACUUGAUUGGUGAUUUGUAAUGCCGUGAAGUCAAGUAUAUUAUUGGAUCUCAUGUAUUUAUUUGCAUCCUAUGAAAUUGUAUUGCACCGAUCAUGGAUCGUCUCACAUCAUAUUGCAUUGUAUCCGAUUGAAUCUUGCUCGAUUGUAUUCAUACUUCUUUUUAUAUUUAUACUAUUUUGUAUACAUACCUGUGACAGGCUAAAGAGACUGGACUGGAAGUGCAUCUAAUAUCACAAUGGCUGAACCCAACUUCCCGCCACUGCCUGGUUUCAUUCCUCUUAAGCCAUGCUUCUACCAGGACUUUGAUGAGAUCCCUGAGCAACAUCGCAGCUUGUGCAAGAAAAUGUACCACCUGUGGAUGUUAAACGGCGCCACUCUGGCAGUCAAUUUGGUGGGCUGCUUCGCUUGGAUGUUUGGAGGAGGGGGCGUGACCAACUUUGGCCUGUCAAUCAUAUGGCUGCUCAUGUUCACGCCCUGCUCGUACGUGUGCUGGUUCCGGCCUAUUUACAAGGCUUUCAGGAGCGACAGCUCGUUCAACUACAUGCUGUUCUUCUUCGUGUUCAUGGCUCAAGUGGGCAUCAGCAUCAUUCAAAGCAUCGGCAUCCCGGGAUGGGGAGUAUGCGGCUGGUUGGCCACUAUCUCUUUCUUCAGUUACAAUAUAUUGAUAGCUCUGAUGAUGUUGGUGCCUACCAUCAUGUUCACCGCCGUCGCCUCGCUGUCCUUCAUCGCCCUCACGAAGAUCCACAACUUCUACCGCGGGAGUGGGGGUAGCAUGACCAAAGCGCAAGAGGAGUGGACCACAGGUGCCUGGAAGAACCCCCACGUCCAGCAGGCUGCACAGCAGGCUGCCAUCGGGGCGGCCAGCGGCGCCAUGCAGGAUCAGUACUCGGCCCCGCAGUACAAUGACAACCAGAUGUAAGAGGCAGAAGACGCAGCGGCGACGAUAUCGUUGGGGCCAAAGUCAGCUGGUUUUUAUUUUAAAUGAAUGAAUCUGCGUGUUUUCAAGCCAUCUCAUGAUUUGGUAAACAGAUGAAAAAAAUGUUACAUCUUUUAUAACUUUUCAAGUAACAUACAGUGAACCGCUUGCACAU